UGAUUGGUUGAAUCCACCGAGAUAGAAUACUAUAAUAUCGUUGCAGCUGACGAUUUGAGCACCUUUUGCAAUCUUUGAAACAGAAACUUGGACGUGUGGCAGCUCUCAGCUGUGAUCUGAUGGUGAUUGGUGAAAUGACGUGCCGAUUAUGUAGACGGAUACUGCAGAUUGGUUUUGCCUCGUAAUGACCUUCCCAGUUACCAUGGGAACGGCGUCAAAGAAGAUGGACGUCGACGGCAAAACGGACCUUUGGAUGUCGCUGCGCAUCGUUUUGGUGCGUAGCGUCAUGCCAAGAUGCUGCAUCCACUACGUAGACGGCAUGGGGGAUUAUAAUUCGUGGCCUCAACCCCCACCACACCUCUGCGUCCAUCUGCUAUCCGAUAGCUAUCCGAGUGAUUUUCAUACGCAAGAUAAAGGUGUCAAUGCCGAAGCAAAAUACCUCUCUGACCUCAGGGUCAAAGGUGAAAAUGCCGAAGCAAAAUACUUCUCUGGCCUUAGGGUCAUUUCGAUUGUUGGACUAUUUACGGUCCAUGUUUUGUCAAUGUGUGGGUUGGCUGCAGCCCAAAUCUGGAAAGAUUAUGUGGAAGGACACGAAAUGGAAGGACCCAAAUAAUGGAAGCAAAAUGAGCCAAAAAGACAUAGAAACAAAUUUAAAUGAAGUCAUCUCUCAAUGCCAGAAAGAGAAAAAGGUGCCACCUAUGUAUGAGAAAGAAGUACAAGCUCUGGAUUUUUAUUUGAAGAACGGCAAAACUUCAGAACAAGUAGGAGUCUUGAAAAAAGAAAUAUCAUUUCGAAAAAUUCACGAAAAAAUGGACCAAGUUACAAACAUGUACAAUUUCCUUCCCAAGGACGACCAGUUAGAACUGAGCAAUAGACUUUCUAAGGAACCACAUCUAAAAGACGCAUUUCAGAAAAUAUUUUUAGAUGGUCUACCUUUAAGAAUGUCAUCUGAACAAAGAGGCGAGAAUCAGGCUGAAGCCAUAACAUCUGGUACAGAUGAUCCGCAAUCUGACAGCGAUUCCAACGCCCAGUCAAGUCCAUCAAAUGAUACAGAUUCGCAACCAGACAGCGGUUUUAACACCCAGACAAGUCCUUCAGAUGACACAGAUCUGGAAAACUACGCAAAUAGAAGUUGUGGUCCACCAAACAGCGUAGAAAUUAAUAUCCCAAACAUUUUGAAGCCAGCAGCUUGUACAGAAAGUAAAAGGUGUACAUCAGCAUGUACAGGGAUUCCUAUUGGUAGUUCAUUUUGUCAGCCAGAUCCAUCACAAAUUGCAAGUCUCAGUUCCACUUCCAUUCCAUCUACACCCCAUUUUCAGACAAUUUCCAGUUCAUCGUGCAGAAAACGAAAUAUAUUAUCCAGUUGUUCGACACCAUCAUCAAGAGCUUCAAGCACGCCAAGUCCUGUAAAACGACAGAGAACUGGAUCUUCAGAGAGAAUGUGCACACCAUCGCCGUCACUAGUAUCUGACGAUCUUUCAAGCAACAACACAGACCAUCUCUCUAACGAGAUGGAAACUGCAUUAAGUCCUCCAUCAUGCUACAACGUUAGUAGCAUACAAGACGAAACAAACAUUGAUUUUUCCUUCUUUGAUGAAGUUAUAGGAGACGAAGCCCACAGUGAUCACCCAACAAAGGACAGAAUCAGUGAUUUCAAUAGCAUAUCAGAAGAAUGCACAGAAACUGAUUAUUUCAACAGCACAUCAUCAGAAGAAAACAGACAGGAUAACAGCAGUAAUUUCACCAGCAGACCAUCAACAGAAACCACCCAGGAUAACAGCAGUAAUGUCAACACGACACCAUCAGACCAAAUCGACAUAGACUGGUUAAUAAAACUCUGUGAAUAGUCUGAAGACCCCGGUUACAAUCAUACCAGCGACAAUACACGUACAAUUGGUGCUUCUACAAUUACUCCAUUGGAAAAUAAUUGGACGGACACAGUUAAUAUGUCAGAUUUACAGACAGUCAGUGAUACGGACGAUACUGCAGCUCAACUUUUGAACACUUAAUUUUUUAUGCUGUAUUAUUUUAUGGUUAUAUGCAUUUUGUUUUAUAAUGAUGUAUUUUGUUUUAUGAUGAUGUAUUUUAAGACAAGUUCAUUUAGAGACUUGAAACAUGUUUUGGACAUUGCAAUUUGGCUACUUUAUUAUAAUUUCUAAUAACUAAUUUAUUUAUUUAUUUUAAAUGGUAUACUUAAAACAAGUAAUAUUUGUUCUGGAAUUUCAAUUUGGCCAUGAAGAAAACUUUUAUGACGUAAAUUUUAAAUAAUAAUAUUUAAAAAUAAUGGAACGAACGAGCUAAAUCUACAGCUGUGGAUUGGGUUUGUUUCGUUCUUGUGGACCUGUUUUCUUUUUCAUUAUCAUUUUGCUUAAAACAUACGAUUGUCAGGUCUUUAAAAAUAAAUGAACUUGUCUACAAUAAAGAUGUUUAUGGAGAUGUUUUUUGUUUGUAAUAAAAGUAGAUACUA